AUGGCCAGGAUAUUCAAGUCGUUGGUGGUGGUGGCGGCCGCGUCCGUGACGCCCGUCUGGUCGCUCUGCUCGCACAACACCUUCCUCCACCCGCGAGAGGAGGGCAAGGCAGUUCAAGUCAAGAAGUUCGGAUACACUGGCGUUACCGGUCCGCUGUUCUGGUCCUCGCUUGCACCCGAGAACACCGUCUGCUCGACGGGAACGCGGCAGUCGCCCAUCGACAUGACGGAAGGAUCCUUCAACAUGAUGUCCUCGUCCGAUAUCCAGGUCGACAUCCCCGAUUUCACCGAGGGUACCGAGUUCGAGAACCUCGGAACCACUAUCGAGGUCAUUGCGAAGGGUGGCUCGAUGACUCUCGGCGACAAACAGUAUACUCUGCAGCAGUUCCAUUUCCAUUUGCCUAGUGAGCACUUGGAUAAUGGAACGACCCGAGCCAUGGAAAUGCACAUGGUCUGGCAAACCGAGAACCAGGAGAUUGCCGUCAUCGGCACCUACAUCGACGUCGCCACCGAGGCUGGUCCCGCACUUGCCAUCCGUCCCAUCGCUCCUCCGGCUCCUCCCGCUCCUCCCGCUCCCAGCGGCGCUCCUAUUCCUCCCCCCAUCAACGGGACCGCCCCAGCUGCACCGGCACCAGCCAGGUUCCGCAUCAGGGGAAGCAAACGCCAAAGAAGACAAGAAGCCGUUGUGCCUCCUCCUACCAACGAGACGGCGGCCCCAGUGCAAGACGCCCCCGUCUCGGGUGCGCCCACCGUCCUUCUCGAGACCAUCUUCGGCACCGUCGACGCCAUCCGCACGCCCGGCACCGUGACCCAGACCCCUCCUUUGGUCUUAUCCGAGGUGGUCAACAUCUGGAAGUCGGGUCACUUCCAGGGAUACUCCGGGUCCCUCACCACCCCUCCCUGCAGCGAAGGCGUCAGCUGGCUCGUGUCGACGCAGACGCUAAGGAUCUCGCCUUUGACGUUUGAGAAGGUUCGCAGUGUUAUUGGGUUCAACUCGCGCAUCACGCAGAAUGCGCCUGGUCAGGAUAAUAUCCUGGCUAUGGGGGCUAUUCGGCAGUUGAAUAUGUUUGCUUCUUCUGGGGCUGCGUCGCAGCCGGCGCAGUGA